AUGAGAGUUCACGAAGUUUUAGCGCAGGUUCCGGUUUCGAUGGUCUCGGAUUCAGCAGUUGGAGGAGGAGGAGGAGGGGUAAAUGGUGCUUGGAGAUUGUACGGAUGGUUCUCUGAGUGCCAUGGGUUUUGGCAUAAUAUCGCUUUGAUUGUCCCUUCGGCUUUGUUUGUCUUAUACUUGGCAUUUCAGGCGAAGAAGAGUUCUGUCAAGCUGUUGAAUGACCGAUCCCAUAUUAUUAUUACGUAUUACGGGUUUCUUUGGCUCGUCAGUGUUCUCAAUCUCGCUUGGUGUUUGCUUCAGGACCUGUAUUAUUCAAGGCGUAAGGCGCACUAUGGGGUCAAGGUUGCCAGGGGUAGUUGUGAUGCGUUAGACGAGGCACACGCCUCAUUGAAUUGA